AUGAUUGAAGGCUAAACGCUUGGGUGGGAAAAAGCAAUGAAAAUUGAAGAAUCUCUCUCUUUCUGGUACAUGCCUGUGCGUCAAUGCCAUCCUGGGAUGCCAUUAUCUUAUCUGAGUUUCUCAGGCUUAGCUCAGCUCAACACUUCCACUGUCACAAACCCAUCUCAAGAUUACUACUACAGAAAGAAAACCACUCUCCAAUUUCUCUGCUUUUAAUCUGAAAGAAUAUAUUCUUCUUCUGCUUUUCAUUUCUACCAACGGACACCAGCCUUUCAUUCAUUCUUUGCACCUUCACAAAGUAAUUAAAAUCAUUUCUUUUUUUAAAGAAAACGUCUCGUUUCAUUUGAUUUAUAGCUCUCUUUCUCUUUCUCUUCUUCUUAUGAUGCGCCCUUCAUCUUUAUUCUUCUUUGCUUUUCCAUCUCCUUCUUCUUCUUUUCUGUGUUCUUUCUUUCUUUUACCUUAUUCUUGAAAUUUUUACUUGAGGGGAAAGUCGAUUGAUCAAGAUAUGGAGACAGCUGUUCUUGAUAGUAUAAUUAAGAGGCUUCUUGAAGUUAGAACAAAACCAGGGAAGCAAGUUCAGUUAUCUGAUGGUGAAAUCAGGCAACUUUGUUUUGUCUCCAGGGGUAUUUUCCUGAGGCAGCCCAAUCUUUUAGAGCUUGAAGCUCCCCUCAAGAUUUGUGGAGAUAUCCAUGGGCAGUACAUCGAUCUUCUGAGGCUUUUUGAAUAUGGUGGCUUUCCUCCUUGUUCCAAUUACCUAUUCUUGGGCGAUUAUGUAGACCGUGGGAAGCAAAGCCUGGAAACAAUUUGCCUGCUCCUUGCAUAUAAAAUCAAAUAUCCUGAAAACUUCUUCCUUCUGAGAGGCAACCAUGAAUGUGCUUCAAUAAAUCGUAUUUAUGGAUUUUAUGAUGAGUGUAAACGGAGAUUUAAUGUCAGACUAUGGAAAGUAUUCACAGAUUGUUUCAAUUGCCUACCUGUGGCAGCUCUUAUUGAUGAAAAGAUACUCUGCAUGCAUGGUGGACUUUCUCCCGACUUGCAUAGGUUGGAUCAGAUAAGAAAUUUACCACGGCCUACUGAGGUUCCAGAAAGUGGUUUGCUAUGUGAUCUCCUGUGGUCUGAUCCUAGUAAAGACACUAAAGGAUGGGGGCCAAAUGAUAGAGGAGUUUCCUAUACCUUUGGUGCUGAUAGGGUGACAGAGUUUCUUCAGAAGCAUGAUCUUGAUUUAAUUUGUCGUGCCCACCAGGUUGUGGAAGAUGGAUAUGAAUUUUUCGCAAAUAGACUGCUGGUAACCAUAUUUUCAGCUCCUAAUUACUGUGGAGAAUUUGAUAACGCUGGUGGCAUGAUGAGUGUGGAUGAGACUCUAAUGUGUUCUUUUCAAAUAUUAAAGCCCCAAGAUAAGAAGCCAAAGUUCAGUUUUGGGAGCACAGCCACAGCUAAGUCUGGUGCUCCAAUAAAAAUGAAGUCAUUUCUUGGUGCAAAAGUAUGAAAAACUCAACUGGUGGAAAUAUCAGAAGGCCAGAAAAUUAGAUCAUUGGUAUAUGGAAUAUUGCCAAAGUAAUCAUCUAAAAAGUCUGGGUUCCGAGAGUUUUGUUCCCACGAAAGGAAGUAUAUGCAUUGGCAGCUUCACUCGGUCCAGCUAAGGAGAACCAAAGAAAUUACUCUGCCACCAAAAUUUUGAAUGCUAUAAUCUUUUUGCUUUACUCUUCUUAUGUACUUUAUAAUGCAGCUCACUCAUAACUCUGUUGUCUCUCACUCUUAUUUCCUUCAAAGUUUUUCUUCAGCUUCUUCGCUGAUGCUCUUGUAUCAUAGUCAGUUAAUCGCAACAGAAUCUCAGAUGGUUGGCUUGACAAUCCUGGUGGAAUGCAAUUUCCUUGCUGUAACUUCAUAACCGGGAUUAGUGUGUUGUGUCUCUCAUUUAUAGAACAUCGUUGUAACCAUGGUGAAUCAUUUUCAGAUUUUAAUAGUAGAAUAUAAGCUGAGUUGAAUGACCUGUUUGUGCAUUCAUGAUAAGAGAUUCAGUGGUGUCUUGAUUGCUUUACGGAAACAGAGAUGAAAUCGUAGCCCAGGUUUAGUUUAUGCAUUCAUCUGAAAUCUAUCAAGUUCAUUGUAAAGAAAACUCUUUUAAGGCAGACAACAGAGCCAUGAAGAUGAUAAGUUACUCUUUACUGA